AUGCACUCCAGCAUGUGGGCUUAUCUACGUUCUCUCAUAUGCUUCCGGCCAAGAGGAUAUGACUUGUUGUACCAAAAUCUGCCCGACCAUGCGACUGACAUGCGACAGUGUGAUGAGAAGAGACCGUCGUGUACGAAUUGCGUAAACCACUCUAUUGAAUGCGACUUCUCCGUAUCUACUCCGACAUCGCCAUCGCCAUCACCACCGGCAGCAUCAUCGGCUCGUCAGCGGUACCGAUUCAAGCAAUCCAAGUAUCAGACUUUAUCCUCUUCGGCGCCUAAUGAAGCAAUUCAGCGCCCUGGCGACAACUCUGUUGCCGUCCAAUGCAAUCUUUCCGUCAACAGCAGUGCCGCGGGCGGAAUCUCGUUUGCGGAUCUUCAACUCUUCCAUCACUAUCUUAUAUCCACAUAUCGCACCCUUACAGAUGAGGCUUUGGAUCGGCACGGUGUCUGGUCGAUUCACAUCCCACAGUGGGGAAUCUCGUUUCCCUCGAUCCUCCAUCUAAUGCUGGCUUUGUCGGCUCUCCAUCUUGGCCAUCAAAAUCCAGAUCUUCGGCACCAAUAUGUGAUGCAGGCAAAUGAUCAUUUUACGUUUGGAAUCCGAUCUGUCACCACCGUCCUAUCUCAAUUAAACUCUGAGAACUGUCAAAUGAUUUAUAUGUCCGCAGUCAUGAUCUGUCUCGUGUAUUUCGGACAUGGCCCCCGACCAGGAGAAUAUCUCGUAUUCAGUAGCCAGGGGCAGGCGGAGUGGCUAGUUCUCAUGAGGGGAGUUCGCUCGAUUCUGGCAUCAAACCACGCUGAGAUCUUCUCGGGUAUCCUGGCACCUCAGUCGGAUGAUAAUGUCCAAAGCGUCAGUCCCGACUUGGAGGGGGAAUUUCGUCAGCAUUGCGAUCGCAUCAACGAGAUAAAGACUUUGAUCGAGAUGCAGACGGCUGGCCCCGAAAAAGACUUGUAUAUUCGUGCCGUGGGCUGCCUACCGGACAGUUUCGAGGAAGCUUAUAACAUGCGGAGUGCGGGAAAAGACGGUGUAUCUUUAUUGCCUAUGAUCAUAGGUUGGAUAUAUCGACUCCCAGAAGAAUUUAUCGUGCUUUUGGAGAAGAAAGAUCCAUUCGCACUCGUUAUUCUGGCUCAUUGGAGUAUUCUACUAACCUAUAUGACCUCUUCCUGGCUCUUUGUUGGUUGGGAUCAACAUGUUAUCAAAGGUAUUCGGGCUUCUCUGAAGGGGGAGUUCCAUGAUUGGAUCAGCUGGCCUGAGACUGUCAUCAGCAUGCGAGCCUACCUGCUUGGUGAUGCUCUGGAGUUGACCGCGCCCAAAGCGAGUUUCCAAGACCAGCUCCCAAAAUCACCAGCUACUAGCCUAGCUCUAAUAAAGGCUGCCCUCAUCUUUCUUCAGUCUCGCAAUAAGGAGCAAGUGUUAAUGCCCCAUUUCAGGAAGUUACCGCCAGAGCAACUAGCGGGAGCUUUUGGAAAGACACUCUUUACAUGGAUCUACCCUAUCCUCGGAAAAGGCUAUACGAGUCUUUUAACGCCGCAGGAUAUUCCUGAGCUUGAGAGAAAAUUGAGCUCAGAACACCUACGGAGGGAUAUCCUUCGAGCCUGGGACCAAAGGGGAAAGCAUGAAACCACGCUGACAUUACCAGCAACAUUGCUCCGAUUUGCGAGAGGGGCAUUCAUAUCAGCGAUUCUGCCUCGCGUGUUCCUGAUUCUCUUCCGAUACUGUCAGCCGGUCUUAAUCAACGCUGCCAUGAGUACCGCCGUGUACCACCAUCAGCUCAACCGGCUACAGAUUAUGAUUCGCAGCGCUCUCAUCGCACUCCUUCACCAUAGAGCGCUGCAUGUUGAAAGUGGCCACCGUGACAAUGGAGGACCGAUCACCCUUAUGAGUGUUGACGCGGAGACUCUAAGCACCACUGGAGAAAUGUUCCAUGAAACAUGGGCUUACAUUUUAGAAGUGGCCAUCGGCACAACACUGUUGGCUGGUCAAAUAGGCUGGUUGUGCUUGGUUCCACUUAUCGGUGUUUGCUGCUCGUCCCUAAUGAGCGCCUACGUAGCGCGUCACUUACACACGCGGCAGCGCAGCUGGAACGCCGCCACACAAAAACGGAUGGCAGUCACAACGACCAUGCUUAAAUCUAUUAAAAGUAUGAAGAUGCUUGGUAUCUCUGCCUCGGUUAAGGCAUUGCUGUCUGGUCUCCGAAGUGAGGAAAUACAAGCGUCGAUAAGGUUACGGUGGGUUAUGUUUGCAUAUAAUGCCAGUGCCAACGCUCUGGGCAUGUUCGUGCCCGUGAUAACACUGGUAUUAUAUGUGCUUUUUGCAAGAUUCAAGACCGAUGGCGCCCUCCCUGCAGAAACGGCUUUCACAUCUAUAGCUCUACUCGCUAUGGUCACUCACCCUACAAACAUGGUCAUGACCAUCGUUCCUCGCGCAAUUGCAUCGCUGGCGAACUCCGAAAGAAUCACGAAUUACUUGAUACAGGGUACAAACGAAGACAGUCGAAUAAAUAUAGAGGAAGCUCAGGUCGACUCGGGCAUUGCAGAAACCCAUGAGCGGGCAGCUAUCCUUCUAGCCGACAUGACCAUCCAGUAUCCCCGUACCUCCAAGCCAACAUUGAAUCAGCUUAAUGUUAAAAUCAAGAGAGGGUCAACUGUCAUGUGCGCCGGUCCUGUUGGAUCAGGGAAGACAACUUUGGCUCGGGCGCUACUCGGGGAAAUACCACCCUCUAGUGGUGCCAUUUACACGUCCACUAAGCGCAUAGGGAUAUGUGCCCAGGAGCCAUGGUUACCAAGCGGUAGUAUCAAGGAGGUUAUAUGUAGUGGUCCUCAGACCGACGAAUCCUGGUACGAGCAGGUUUUAGUGGCUUGUGACCUUGUAAAGGACCUAGCUGCUCUCCCCGAUGGAGAUGGGACCGAGAUCAAGUUUCCUGGUCUCAAUCUGUCCGGCGGCCAGCGACAGCGUGUGGCACUCGCCCGUGUUUUGUACGCUAGGUCUGAGAUCGUCAUUCUUGACGACACCUUCCGCGCGCUUGACGGCAAAACAGAGAAGACUAUCGUCGAUAACCUGUUAGGCCCUCAGGGGAUCUUUCGAAGGCAGGGUACAACAGCUGUGGUGAUAACGAACUCGGCCCAGUACCUCUCCCUGGCAGAUCACAUUUUAAUACUAUCGGAUUCUAAAAUCCAGUUGCAAGGCUCCUGGGAUGAGCUACAACUCGAUGCCCAACAAAUAGACAAAUUCAUGCCCGAUGAGCCUGGUCACCGAGAUGUUUCACAAGUUGCUAAAGGCCAAAGUAAUGCUAACCCGCAGAAAGACUACAGGGUUGAUGCAGCUCGAGACCUAACACGACAGAGUGGAGACCUAAGGCUCUAUGGGUAUUACCUCAAUGCGAUGAGUGCUUGGAAUGGCCUUUUCAUGCUAUUGUGCACUGCAUCAUAUUCAUUCUUCAUCACAUUUUCUCAAUACUGGCUAAAGUGGUGGGCCGAAGCUGGAGACGAGAAGUCCUUGUUCUACAUGGGCGGCUAUAUGGUGUUGGCUCUGGUAGCCUGGAUUUCUACGAAUGGAACUAUGUGGUUCACGAGUAUGAGGAUCUCUCCGAAAUCAGGCGCCGUUUUGCACAGCCGAUUGCUAGACUCGAUGGUCGGGGCUCCAUUAUCAUACUUUUCUGACAAUAAUAUCGGGGUCAUCUUGAAUCGCUUUGGAGAGGAUAUCCAGUUAGUAGACCGUCAACUACCAAACGCUUUCCAGGUGUUGGGAACCCAGGUAUUCAAGCUAUUUGUGCAGGCGACAAUACUCUUUAUCGUUAAUCCAAUGAUGGCCGUCACCCUGCCCUUUUGUAUGAUCAUUGUUUACUCCGUGCAGAGAGUCUACUUGCGCACUUCGAGGCAGCUACGGUUUCUUGAGAUUGAGUCAAAGUCAGCCCUUUAUUCAAACUUUGUGGAAAUGGUCGAUGGCCUUGACACGAUACGUGCACUUCAAUGGCAGCAGAGAUACACUAGCGACAUGGUGGGAACGAUCGAUGCCUCACAAAAACCGGCAUAUCUACUCUUUUGUCUACAAAGAUGGUUGAACCUCGUUCUUGACCUCCUAAUUGCCGUGGUUGCGGUUGGUCUGGUAGCGCUAGCGGUGACCUCCCGGGGAACAGAGAGAGCAACAGCCGUGGGUCUAUCGCUGAAUAUGAUUAUCCUUGCCAAUACAACCCUGCUUCGGCUUGUUGAAUCAUGGACCUCACUAGAGGUCUCCCUAGGAGCAAUUGCGCGGUUGCGCUCUGUUGUGGCGGAGACACCCCAAGAAGAAAAUACUAGUGAUCAGAAGUGGCCUCCACCCGUUGACUGGCCGGUCUCUGGGAGGAUUGUUGCUCGUGGCUUGGAGGCCUCAUACAGUCCUCCAAAGCUUGCUCUCGAGAACAUUCACCUAGAGGUUAAUGCCGGUCAGAAACUUUUGAUCUGCGGUAGAACUGGAAGUGGCAAGAGCACACUGUUACUUUCCUUCCUUCGUCUGUUGGACCUCCAGCACGGCUCGAUAACAAUCGACAAUAUCGAUAUUUCCACCAUAUCCAACACAUACCUCCGCCGACAUUGCUUCAUCACAGUACCACAAGACCCGUUCAUCCUGGCAGCAGCUACUCUGCGCUUCAACAUUGACCCCGACGAAUCUCUCCCGGAUACCACACUGAUUGAGAUCCUGGAAAAGACAAGGCUUCUGGAACAUUUCCGCCAAUUCUGCCAGUUUAGCGACCAGGAUCCGUCUGAAAGCGAAGCCCUUCUAGACCUUCCAAUGUCCUCACUACCACCUCUUUCCGCAGGACAGCAGCAACUACUUUCAUUAUCACGGGCACUUGCGCGCGAAAGGGGUUCCACGGAUGCUGAAUACUCUGAUCUUCAGACAUGGCGUCUUGCAGCAGAACGCAGACCUAUUCUUCUUUUGGAUGAAGCCACGUCCACCUUGGAUCCAGAUACUGAAGCCGUAAUGCAGGAUGUUAUCGAGGAGGAAUUCACCCGGAAAGGGUAUACGGUCAUCAUUGUCGCUCAUAGAGUAAGUAGUAUGGUUAAGUAUUUCCGAGAUGGUGUGGACACCGUGGUUCGGAUGCGUGAAGGAGGGAUUGAGCAAGCGGUGCAUACCCAAGCGGCGGCAGGACUUGUGCUGAAGGAUGGUGGAGAAGGCGGAGGGUGUAACAAUCCCUCGGCAGUGGUACUGUAG